CUUUAAAACAUAAAGAUCAAUUUUAUUUGGGUCAAAUAAAGAGUGCCAAGUUUUUUAUUCUCUUUCCAUCACACAAAAAAGUUUCAUAUUUCUUUUUUUUUUGUCGUUUCAAAAGUACUCCCUCCGUCCGGAAAUAAACUUCCCACUCUACGUUUUUUUCCGUCCGGAAAUAAUCUUCUCACUCUACGUUUUUAUCAAUACUCUUCCAAAAAUACACCUCAUUUACUAUCUCUCUUCAACCUCUCAUUUAUUGACUCUCUCUCUUUCGCUAACCUCACCCAACCUCAAUCACUCCCUUUCUAUCUUAUUUGUUGAGAUUUUCAAUCUCAACUCCAAGAUCUGCAAUGGAAUCGCCUUCUCCUCCACGAUCUGCAAUGGAAUCGUUGGAUUUAUGUUUUGAAUCUUUUGUUCCUGAGACGGAAUUUCAAGAUGGUGGAGGUGAGGACGUGAAUUUCAUCUCUGAUGACACGGAGGAGGACGAGGUCAUCGUCAUCCAUAGCGAGGACGAUGCUGCCGAUGUUGCCCCUGUCAGAGACAGGAAGGACGUCAUCGACCUUGAAUCACAGAAAGACAGCGUUUUUCUUCUUGGGAGCGAGGAGGGGGACUUAAUUCUUCUCGACACUGAGAUUGAUGACCCAGAGGGAUGUGAAAAAAGUGGGAUUGAGCAUUCUCAGGCGAUCUAUUCAUGCAUGCAUCUACACAUCGAUAUGCUGAACAUCUUGCUUCCAAGCCCUGAUCCAAAUUUUUGGGCUUCAAAAACCAAGCCCUUGAGUGCGAAGAGGAAGUCGGAAGUCCUUGUGCCAGAAGCCAUCUUGAAGAAGCCGACGAGCCAUCCGAGAAUCGACGCCCAAACCAACAAAUCAUCCAAGGGAAAAUCGGAGGGGAAACAUGUCGCGGCGGCGACGACGGAACCUGGUUCCGCCGGGGAUUUCAACUCCAAGCAUCCACUUUUAGUUGGUUCCUUCAAUAGAAACAACAUGCCUCUCUUUGACGAAUAUGCCAUAGAAAUAUUCAAAAAAAGGUUGGGUUCCAUCCCAAGCUCCACAGCAAUGGAGCUGGAAGAGAACUGGGUCAAAUUGGCUGGGGAAGAGAUGCUGCUUUUUGCAAAGAAGAGUGAAUUGAUCGAAGGCAUGGAUGAACAUAGUGAAGAAAAUGAUUUCUCAUCUGUUUAUAGCACUCCAGAUUCAUAUGAAUCGGAGCUUGAAGCUGUUUUUGAUGAGAUUCGCAUUGAAAAACAGUUGUCAAUGAAGGUGAUUCAUGACCUGUUUCACGACAAUAAACAUGCUCGCGCCAUGCAACUCGAGCACCAAUUUCGCACCACCAUCAAAGGAUCUACUCCCAUGGCUACGUAUUGUCAAGAGCUCAGAAAUAUUGCAGAUUGGCUAGAUGACGUCGAUGCACCCGUGUCUGAGCACCAAUUUGUUCUCCAAAUGUUGCGUGGCCUCCCCGACGAUCUACAAGCCCAAACUUCGUUCAUUCAAUUUCAAGAUCCCCUGCCGAGUUUCCUCCAGGUCCGGUCGGCCCUCUUUCUCCUUGACCGACAACAGACCCCCCUGGGCAGCAGCAACAGCACCGCGCUGCUGGCGGGGCAUGGCGGCAGCAGCCACGCCGGUGGACAGCACGGCGGGACUGGCGGGCGCGGCUCCUCCAGCGGCGGGGGACAAUUUUUUGGCAGCAGCUAUGGUGACGGCUCAUCCUCCGGGCAGCGUGGCGGCUUUGGACGCGGACAAGGGCGUGGCAACGGCAACCGGGGUCGUGGUCGAGGGCGCCAAAACAGCGGAUCGAGGCAGCGACCACCCACGGACGGGCACAAUUCCUGGAACUCACCGUAUCCAAACCCUAACCCCGGGGCCACUACUUCUCGCUCCAGUGCCGAGGCCGAAUACCGGGCUGUAGCGAAUGCUGUUGCAGAAACCAGCUGGAUCCGAAACCUCCUCCUUGAGCUCCAGCAGCCACUCCGUCGCGCCACACUUGUCUUUUGUGAUAAUGUCAGUGCGGUCUACCUUUCGUCAAACCCGGUGCAGCAUCAGCGCACCAAGCACGUCGAGGUUGACAUACACUUUGUGCGUGAUAAGGUGGCGCUCGGUCAGAUCAGAGUCCUGCAUGUUCCGUCCUCUUCUCAACCCUUUUUCUACCAACAACUCCUCUUCUGUUGUUACUUUAACACCGACCCGUCCAUGAGUUGGUUACGACAAUUACACCAAAGAGAACUGACUGUUCUCUUGCACAAGUUAAAGUGCACUGCUGGAGGUGUGUGGGUGAAGACAUGGAGUGGAAUGAAGAACUGAAGAUGCCAUGGCAGCAUCUCUGUUCAUGUUGUGGAAUGAAGAAUUGAAGAACUGGAGAGAUUUUUUUUUGCAGGAUUUUUGACUUUUGGGACUGUUCAUCUAAGCACUUUGACUCAUGAAAUUCUCUCAAUGUGUAAGUCUAAAAAUAGUCAUGUGUGAUCUUGUUUGAUUUGUCUUAACAUAUAAAUUAUUAAUAUAUAAUUUUUAUAAUUUUUUAAUAUACAAAUUAUAAGAUAAAAUGGAUUAAAGAAGUGCAUUGGAUGGUGUGCAAAAAUGAAAGUGGACAAAAAGA